GAGGAAGUGACGCGCCGGGGGUUCGCCUCCUCUCGUGGCUACCGCCAAACACGGAACCCGUGUACAGUACACGUCCCUCUGUCUCUCUACACACUGAGACUCGUGUCCCUCUGUCUCUCUCCCUCUCCCUCUGUCUCUCCCUCUGUCUCUCUCCCUCUGUCUCCCUACACACGAGACUCGUAUACCUCUGUCUCUCCCUCUGUCUCUCUCCCUACACACGAGACUCGUGUCCCUCUGUCUCUCUCCCUCUGUCUCUCUACAUCACCGCUGCUCUCUCGCUCGCCACGUGUCCACGGCGCCGGGUGGACCAGGCGGUGGGGAGGAAGGGUUUGGCGUGGACGAGAUUGCCAUGGAGGAGUUUGAGGUCGUGGCCAGUGAGCGCUACGGGAGCCGUCCCGAGCGACACUACUCGCGAGGGCCUGACGGGGCCCUCGUCUGGAGAGGCCGGGGCCAUGGUCAGAGUCGCGGGGGCCUCCUAGACGCUCUGACGUCGGUGUUCCUGCCCCAAGGCUACCCGGAGAGCGUGAGCGAAGACUACCUGACUUACCAGAUGUGGGACACGCUCCAGGCGUUCUGCAGCAGCGUGACGGGCGCGCUGGCCACGCAGGCCAUGCUCAAGGGCGUGGGCGUGGGCGACGCCGCCGCCUCGCUGGCCGGGGCCACCGUCACCUGGCUCCUGAGGAGUGGAACGGGAAUGCUGGGCAGCAUCGUGUUCGCCUGGAAGAAGGGGUCCAGUCUGGAUUGCGAUGCGAAGAAAUGGAGGUUGUUUGCCGACGUGCUCAAUGACGUCGCGAUAUUCCUGGAGAUCCUGGCCCCCGGCUUCCCGCCUCUCUUCACGCUCGUCGUGUGCGUCUCCGGCGUGCUCAAGUCCGUGGUGGGCGUUGCGGGAGGAGCGACCAGGGCGGCUCUCACCGUGCACCAAGCUCGGCGCGACAACAUGGCUGACGUGUCGGCGAAGGACGGCAGUCAGGAGACGCUCGUGAACCUCGCGGCGCUGGUGUUCAGUCUGAUGCUCACGCCGCUGGUGACCAACAACCCCACGUAAGUCACCUCGGGACGAGCAGAGGGAGAGAGGCCGGCUGGCCGACUGACUGCUCUGGUCCCUGCACGGCAGGGAAAUUACAAACUCUCGCUACGGGGCAGCGUGCGGAGACUGGUCACACCACCCAGACUGGUCACACCACCCAGCCUGUAGUCACACCAC